AUGACUCAAAUAUCAAGAUAUUUUCAAUUUAAUUUACUGACUAAGCGAAAUAGAAUUACCAUGAAAUUCCUAGGCUUGGUAUUAACUGUCACGUUUUUUGCUGUCAUCAUUAAUGCACCUCGUGUAGCCAGGCCUUUUCAAACUUUAGAAGAGCUGUACAGCAGUUUGGACUCUCUAGAAAUUUGGCCAGAGGUUUUCAAGCUCCGAGAGUCUGCAGAGUAUGUCUAUAGUGGCAGAGAAAUUUCCCAGGAAGAAUAUGUCCAAAAUUUAACAAGGUUCAAUCGAAGCAACCAGCCUAAGACUAUCGUGUGUCAUGAUUUGAAAGGUGGUUAUUUGGAAGACAGAUUUAUCGACGGUUCUUCUGCAAGUGACUCUUACGGAUUUUACCACUGGAGUAUCAUAGACAUAUUCAUAUACUUCAGUCACUAUCUGGUGACAAUUCCUCCUUAUGGCUGGAUCCAGUCAGCUCACAAGCACGGAGUCAAAGUCCUCGGUACUGUGAUGACCGAAUGGACUGAAGGCGAAGAAGUUUGGAGCCAGAUUUUGUCCUCAAUAGAAGAAACUGAAAAAUUCGCAGGUGCUCUGAUCUUGCUGGCCAAACACUUCAAUUUUGAAGGCUGGCUUCUCAAUAUUGAGAAUGACAUUAAUCCUGAUGAUAUCGAUCAAUUGAAGUACUUUGUUCAGUACUUGACUGAUGGAAUUCACAGCGAGAUUGACGACGCUGAGAUUAUUUGGUACGACAAUUUUUUUGAUUUUGCCGAUGGAAUUUUUGUAAAUUACAAUUGGACUGACACUGGAUUACUCUCGAGUCGUUCAAUUGCAGAACGUGAAAAUCGAGCUUUAGAUAUUUAUGUAGGAAUUGAUGUUUGGGGUCGCGGAUGUCCUGGCGGGGGUGGAUUUAAUUCCAAAGAGGCUGUUGAAAUAAUUCGCGAGUAUAAUUUAUCAGUAGCAAUAUUCGCUUCAAGUUGGACCUACGAAAAUUUCAAAGGCCAGACAUUUGAAUUGCUUGAAGACAUAUUUUGGGCGCAAUUGACUCCGUAUAUGUACAUACACGUGCCUAUUUAUGACAAUGAAGUGUUCUCAACGAGUUUCAGCCACGGAUUUGGAGAAAAGUAUUUUUACAGUGGAGAUGACGAGACUACCACUUCGGCUUUUUAUAAUUUAGCUUUGCAAGAGCCGCAAAUUUCAGUACCUAAUUACCAGUUGCAAUUUACAUUUGUAAAUAUUCCAGAGGAUAAAGAAGACAGAGAGGAGGAUGAAGAGUUGCUGGAAGAAGAGGUACCGAUUUAUAAAUUCGAAACACCCUUUCAUAGAAUUCAAACUCAGGGUAGUAAUAUUAUUAUUGAGAAAAAACCAGACCAGCAGAUAAAUUCUAUCCAAUAUUUUAAUAAAUAUUCUUACAAUGGAGGAGGUUGUAUUAAAAUAAAUGUUGCGCGGCCUCAAUAUUACAGACUAUUUUUAAUGCACCUAAAACAUAAUACAGAUGUUCAAAUUAUUAUAAUCCAUCGUUCAGAUAAGAAAAACUAUAUUCAAGAUAAUUACAGAACAAAUUAUCCGGUAGUAGUUGUAAAAAAUAAUUCAACAACGAAAUAUUUGGAUCCGUAUGAAAAUUUCCAACUAAAUUCACAAUGGGUGCAAAGCUGCUAUUUUUCUACAAAUAUGGAGACAAUUAAUGAGCUUGGAGUCAUUUUUACAACUAUAGGAUCGUAUUACCUCGGAAUGAUCCAAAUUUAUCCAUUGCCUAAAAAUUUUGAAUAA